UCCUCUUCCUCCUCCUCCAACUCCUCCACCUCCUCUUCCUCCUCCUCCAACUCCUCCACCUCCUCCUACUCCUCCUCCUCCUCCAGCUUCUCCUCCACCUCCUCCUCCUCCACCACGUCCUCUACCUUCAUCUCCUCCAUCUCCCCCUACUCCUCUUCCACCUCCUCCUCCUCCAUCUCCUCCUCCUCCACCAACUCCUCCACCUUCAUGUCCUCCUCCUCCAUCUCCUCCUCCUCCUCCUCCUCCUCAUCCUCCUUCUCCUCAUCCUCCUUCUCCUCCACCUCCUCCUCCACCUCCUCCUCCCUCUGCUCCUCCUCCUCCUCCUCCUUCUCCUCCUCCUCCAUAUUCUCCUCCUCCUCCAUCUCCUCCUCUUCCACCUCCAUCUCCUCCUCCUCAUCCUUGUCCUCCUCUUCAUCCUUGUCCUCCUCCUCCUUCUCCUACAUCUCCUCCUCCUCCUCCUCCCCAUUCUCAUCCUCCUCCUCCCCCUCCUCCAUAUCCUUCUCCUCCUCCAACUCCGCCUCCUCCUCCUCCACCUCCAUUUCCUCCACCUCCCCCUCCUACAUCUCCUCCUCCUCCAUCUCCUGCUCCUCCUCUUCCUCCUACAUCUCCUCCUCCUCCACCUCCUCCUCCUACAUCUCCUCCACCUCCUCCUCCUCCUCC